AUGUUCCGAAUUACACGCGCUGAGCCCUGGGCCAUUGACACAGGCAAUUGGUGCCUAUUCUCAUCGGAGCCCAAGCUGUGCUUCCAAAUAACCCAAGGGUCCUCCUGGAAGCAAGACUCUAUGUUCCCGGUAUACAACAUCUGGAGCCCCGCAUACUUCGGCAUCUCGCUUCCACAGCCAGAUUCGAAGCCAUAUAAGCUGAGCUGCAACGACCUUAUUGUGACGAGCUACGAUGACGAUAUAGCAUCCCUAAAGGUCGGAGACACCGGGGCAAUUCCGUUUGAGGCCGAAAACACCAUUGGUGGUAUUGACGUCGACUACCCCGGCUUCCUGUGCUGCAGGUGUUGCCUCCGGUAUCGAGGGUGGGUGACCUUGGCUAAUGGCGAACUCUGGCGAUUCGACGAAAACGACCAGUCGUAUUACCAGUUCCAGCGUGUACAUAAGGGUGUAGAUGAUGGGAAGUUCCCAAAAGUGUACCCUAAGACGCUCAUAUGGGAGCGUUUUCGCGACUGGGAAUCCGGAUAUGGAGAGGCCCCGGCGGAGGUUCCAUUCAUUAUGGACCGGGAUACGCGCCUGUGCCGGGUUAACCUGGAACACCGGGGACGGCACUGGGAUACUUCUGGGCUUAUAGCUCCCGUUAUUGCUAUUAUGAAUCGAGAAGGUCUUGUCUUUGUCGAUGGAUUAGAGCAUGGUCAUGAGAUUGAGACUGCUAAUCUUCGGGAACUAGUUCUAAUGACGGGCCUUACGGUUGCGAAAUUUGAACGCCCGGCUUUAGAGCAGUGA